AUGGCUCACACAAUCUCAGCAAAUCAAGACGGCGCUGAUGGCACUUCUGCUAUUAAAAAAGACUUUUAUGAUGAUUCAACUCCGCAGGAUCUCCUUGAUAAAGGCGAUUACGUUUCUUUAUACCUGCGUUGCCGAUAUGACAGACGUGGUGAUAUCGAAACCGGACAACUAGGCGAUUUUGAAGCGGGUCUUCCUGAUGAUUUCAGGAAGGGACUACCAAAAAAAUAUGAGCUUAAGAUCAAGCAAGAACUAGAUCGAAUUGCGGAAUUACGAGCAGUAUUUGUCGGGAAACAGAGAAAUGUUACUGACAUUGAAAAGUUGAAAGAGCUCAAGGUAGCCUGGAAGAUAAAUGCUAUCACCUCUUAUGAGGCGAACUCGAAGGAUAAUGCACUUUGGAUAACGAAACUGAAGAAUGAUCAAGCAAAAUUGAAGCGGGAAUUCGGAGCUUUCAGAAACGCACCAACGAAGGCUGCACAGGUCAGAAAAGACCUUUUGGAAAAGGGCCAAGAGAUACUUGGAGCGCAAAACAAAGAUAGGAUCUUGAAAGAGGUAGAAAAGUGGAGUCCUCCUGGUGAUUCGAUUCCCGAAGUAAAAAAAGAUGUUCUGGAUAACUCUGGUUAUGGGUUCAGCGUCUCGAAAAUUACCUUAAAGAAGGGGCAAUCAGAAAACUCGGCCAAGAUCACAUCUUUUGACCAGUAUCAGAUGGAAAGGUAUUCCGUUUCGGAUGUACUCGAGCCUAACGGCGACGAAGAUCCAUGGGCAAAGGAAAAUACUGAAAGCAUUCGUUACUUUCAUUUCCCUGCUAAUAAUAUGAAAUGGAUCGAAAAAGCAAUACAAAGACAUUACAAAGAAAGCAAAGACCAUCGACCACAGACAUCAAAAGUUCUUUCUAGGGAACUGUGGGUAGGGCAGCAGCAUGGCGCUUUAAAUGAUCCCCUUCAUUCUCGGCACAUGCGCUCGCAUUGCAAAUUUAUUCCUCAAGAUACAGAGAUGGAUGCCAUUCUUGCCGAAUAUCACUAUGCUCCUCGGAAGAGCAGCAAUAAUAAUAUGGUCCUUUUUAUGCCUUACCUUCACUGGGAGAUGGAUCGAAAAAGAGCUCACAUGACCAAAAUUGCGAAAGAACUCACAUCUGAGUAUCAAGCAAAACAGCCUCGUCACCACAUACUUAACAAAAACAAACUUGCAGGGAUUGUCGAAAGUACUAGGAAGAAAUAUGCCUUCUUAGAACAGCCCGAGGUCAAGGAGCAUACGAGUUUAGAUGGCCCUGCCCCUUCUAGUGAAUCGAAGCGGAUAACUGGGUUCAGCCGUUUCUUUCGAACCAGUUCUAAGAGUGGUUCAAAUCAAAACGUUCCGGGAAAGGUCACAAAUCCCUGUGGUUGUUACUUGAUGCAAGCUGCGAAAGUCUACGAGGCAAUGGAUCUUGAACCGGAUAUCAAAUUAUUACGCAGCCAUUUGCAUGAAACACCGCCUUUGCAUCCACGCCGUACGCUUGAUCAGUCCUACUACUUCAAGCUUGAAAAUACAGAUUCUCGGGACAAGGAUCAGGUUGUUUCUCGUGGUACAAAUGAGCGGAGGAAAAUUAAUGGGAGUACCCGCGUAGUGAUGGUCGAUCAGCUAUGGAUGUAUAUUCUUGACGAAUAUACCAUCAUUACUAGUUUUCCAAGAAGGCUGGGUCGUAAUAAGCCUGACUCCUCUGGUGUGCAUAAAUGUAUCAGAGACCGACUGGAAAAGAUCCGUCCAGGCCAGAUCAAUUCAGUCUAUGAUCUAGCUCUUUUGAUCCUAAAUGAGUGUUCGACAGUAUUUUUCGAUCGCACAAAGCCUACUGAUAAACGCCCCGAGGUUUUGGAUAUAUUUUCCAAUGCUAUUGGUUAUGUUUCCGAAAUGAAAACGAACGCAUUCGAGUUAUUCUGGGGUCAUGUUGAGCAACUGAGUGGCCACAAACUAAAAAUCAGCCCAGAAAAGGCACGACUCUAUCACAAUAUUAAUCCAGAAGGGGUUUUGCUACGAGAAGCCCAUGAUAUCAUCGAAGAAUUGAAAAUGAUUUCGCGUAUCAAUUUGCAACAAUUACAAGUUACGCAAGUCUUCUCAAAAGCCCUACAGACAAUGAAUGGACAGGUGGAGCCAAUGCAAGAAAUAGCUGGCCUCUUGAGUCUUAUGUUAAAAGAACUGCAAAAGAAGAAUCCCACGGAUUCAAAUGGCAUAACCAGCGACUCGCCGGCUAAGGAUACUCCCAAAAAUUUCAACAAAGUCAUUCUAAAACAUACCAUUAAUCGAUCCUUGGAUCUGGUUGAAACUAUAUCUAAUCAUCAGAGCGAAUUGCAACAGCUCGAGGAUAGUGCCCGUGAAAUUUCCGAACAAUUAAGAGACCUACUCACACUAAAACAACAACAAGCUAGUAUCAUAGAAGCCACCGCUUCACUAGACCUCGCGGAUGAAAGUGUGCAUCAAGGUCGAUCUAUCAUGAUAUUCACCAUUAUCACCAUUAUUUUCCUUCCGUUAUCUUUCAUGAGCAGUAUAUUCGGUAUGAAUGCGGUGGAGUUUACUGGAUCGUCAAACUCCGUCAUGGGCAUUGGAGAGCAGUUCGAGUUCAUGUUUCCGAUAUCAAUUGCGCUGACUUUGUUCUUCCUUUGCUUGGCACUCAAAGCACCGAGGCCAAUACUUACGAUAUUUCCCUUCUUCUUAUUCUUUCCUAUUGUUUUCUUUAAGGCGGCAUGGUAUGGAUAUAGAAAAAAGCCGGAAAAAUGGCAGCAACUCUCCCGUUACUUGCUUGUCGGCUCAGCCAAGGAAAAGCUGGGAGAGAGGUACAGGGAGAUGGUGACAAAUGUGUAUCGGCGGUGUUCUGCGUCAAACGCCAAAGACACGAUUGAAUCACAACCCAAAAAUUCAGAUAACAAGGAGCAAGUAACCCCAAAUGAUGAAUCGCGGGUGUUCUACCUUUGCGGAGACAGGUUCAAGAAUUCCGCUCCGGCAAUUGGAGAAAAUAAUGUCUGA